GUUUCUUGCAAUAUUAUGUACUCUUUCAAUAGUGCCGUGAUUCGUUGACCAUUACAUCAUUAUGCAAGUGUUGAAGCUUUGGCAGAACAAAUUCACUGGUUCAAUUCCUUCAAGGCUUGGACAGAAUGGUAAAUUAACUGAACUUGAUCUUUCAACAAACAAGCUCAAAGGACUAGUUCCAAAGUCUCUUUGUUUUAGUAAGAAGCUCAAGAUUCUGAUUUUGCUCAACAACUUUUUCUUUGGAUCUUUGCCUAAUGAUCUUGGUGAGUGCUACACUCUUGAUAUAGGCAAGUUAAAGAGUGUUUUGGAAAUCCUUCUUCUUCAUGGAAACAGAUUCUCAGGUGAAAUUCCACUAGAUAUAGGCAAGUUAAAAAGUGUUCUUAAGAUGGAUUUGAGUGUUAACAACUUUUCAGGUGCUAUUCCUCCUGAGAUUUGUGCGAACACAAAAUUCAUUGCAUUCAUGAUCACUUAUGGUCUCAGUGCUGCUGCAAGGGUUCAACCGUGGAAAUGACAGAUUUGGAUAGGGAUGAUGUGGGAUCAGAAGAUGCUAACUUUUUGUUCAGUGGUCAUAGAGCAAGAAUCACCUGUAUGAGGUGCUGUUCAAAUUAUAGUAAUUAAUAACUGAGGACAAAGUGGGUGGAGCCUUGAAGUUUAACACACACCCCCUAUGGUGAUGUUUUCAGUUAUCCUAUCUGAGUUUCUCUUGCUAUUUCUAAAUCUUUUCUGCUUUCCAGUCUACACAUUCAAGCUUGAAAAUGUUGUUAAUCUCUUGUAAAUAAAAUAGUAACCUCUCUGUACUGAUUAGUUGAAUUUAUAGGUCCAUAAUCUAUAUUUAAAACUUGAUAUAUUAUUUCUGUAAGCUUGCCCAAACAACGUCUAAACAGAUAUCCAAGCGUAAUUUUAUGUUUUGCAUUUUAUAAUUUAGAUGUUCCUAGUUAAGAGCUAAGAUUUUAUGUUUUUCUUUUAUAAUUUACAUGUUCCUAGUUAUAUUUCUACCCAUAUAAAAUAUUUUGUUGUCUCAUUGGUCUUAAUUAAUUCUCUGCUGAAUUGGAAGCAGAGAUAGACUGUCUCAAUCAGAUAUACAUUCGGCGGCGGUAUGUUUGAGAUGAAUGAAGUGAAGGGUGGCAGUCCGUACGGUGCCCGAACUUAUGCUGGUGAUGAUGGAUCAAGACAACCAACUAAACUUGAGUUGGAGCAAGCAUUCCACGAGGGCAAGUAUAUUGCCACCAUUACUAAGAAGCUCAAGAAAGAAUGAAGCUAUCCAUAAAUUAGGAUAUUGUAUCUUGAUGAGUCCACUAGUAGUUACUUGUCAUCUAAUGUAUUCAGCUUGUAUUAUUGCAUGGAAAUAAUUGCUUCUUAUUAUAAAGAAAGCACUUUAUACU